AAAAUGAAGGAUUUGGAGGUUAAAAUGAAGGAUUCGGAUGUUAAAAUGAAGGAGCUUGAAGAUAGGAAGGAUAACCUGAAGAAGCUACAUGAUGAAGAAUUUAAAGAGAAAGAUGCUAAAUAUUCUAAAGAUUUGAAGAAAUUGGACGAUGAAUUGAAAAAUUUUGUGGAUGAGAAAUUAAAAGAGAAAUUGAAGAAUAUUCGAUCAAGAAAAAAUUAUCAUUUAAAAUUGAAGUAUAUCUGCGAAAUGAAAAUUGAAAUUAAAGAAGAAUUCAGAAGAAUUAAGGAAGAGAAAAUUGAAAAAGAAGAGGAGGAAGAAAAUAUGCGAAAAAUACAAAAAGAAAUUGAAAAAGGAAUAAAGGAAGAGGGAAAAUUGAAGGAAGAAAUAGAUAAAUUGUCUGUUGAAGCAGAUAAAAUUUUAAAAGAUUUGGCAAGAUUUAAGCUAAUUGAAAAUGAUAAUGGCAUUUUCUCAUUUUUCAAUUAUGCAACGUCAAAAAAUUUUAAUCCUACUUGUUAUGGAGAAACAGAAAAAGAAUAUGAAAUGGAGGUGAAACUGGGGAGUUUGGAAUAUGAAUAUAAAGGUAAUCAUCAAUUACCUAAGUAA